AUGGUGGAAAGAAACCCGGCUUUUCUGCAUAUCCAUAGGUCUUUUUCCCAAGUGGUGGGAAACGAAGCAUCAAUCCGCCUAUGCUUGGAGCACGAGAGUGUUCCAUGGGCCCAUGAGGCCGGCAUCUACAUCCCAUCAACGGGUGCCUUAUUCGUCACCAGCAAUCGCCUUGUUGGAACUGAUGGACAGCAAAAGAUCACCAUCAGUAAAAUAAACAUUGAAAAGAAGCCAUUUGUGCGAGAAGAAAUCGACUGCGGCAUUGCCAUGGCAAACGGGGGGGUAAACUACCAAGACGGCAUCCUCUUCUGCAGUCAAGGUACCAAGGAUACCCCAAGCGGCCUAUGGCACAUGGAAGCCGAAGCACCGUACCGAAAGACAUUGGUUCUAGACAGCUUCAAUGGGCGGCCAUUUAAUUCUCCCAAUGAUGUCGUUGUCCACAGUGACGGAUCCAUAUGGUUCACAGAUCCCAUCUAUGGGUACGAGCAGGGUUUUCGACCACCUCCUCAACUACCAAACCAAGUCUACAGAUAUGACCCGCGAUCCAAGGCCGUACGGGCGAUGGCUGACGGGUUUGGAAGGCCAAAUGGCAUAUCAUUCUCUCCCGACCAGGCGACCGUAUACAUCACGGACACGGACUCCAUUCACGGUGACGGCACUACAGAUGCGUCGAGGCCGGCGACAAUAUACGCUUUCGAUGUAGUUUCCAGAGGCGACGAGCCGUUCCUCACUAACCGCCGCUUGUUUGCCAUGGCGGACAAUGGGGUUCCUGACGGGAUCAAAUGCGACCAGUUUGGUAACGUCUACAGCGGCUGUGGUGACGGCAUCCACGUGUGGUCGCCAGGUGGUGUACUUCUUGGCAAGAUUCUCAUUCCAGGAGGCGUUGCCAACUUCUGUUUUGCGCGGCGUGGCAGGAUUUUAGCCCUUAAUGAGACGCGGAUGUGGGAGAUAUCUCUUGCGCCGCACAGUCUGGGCUCACUUUUGAAGCUGUAG